UAUAUAUAGCCAGCCAUUGUUAGCCUUGAAACAAUUCCUUCUCCUUCAACCCCACAACAAUGGCUUCCCUCCCAAAAUCUACCUCCAAAGCUCAAAAAAAAGUCAUCUUUAUCCUCGGCUCCACCGCCACCGGUAAAUCCAAGCUAGCCAUAAACCUCGCCCUCCAAUUCAAUGGCGAAGUCAUCAACUCCGACAAAAUGCAAAUCUACUAUGGCCUCGACGUCAUCACCAACAAAGUCACCCCUGAUGAAUGUGCCGGCGUUCCCCACCACCUCCUCGGCUUCGUCCACCCGAACGAUGACUUCACGGCCGAUGACUUUCGUGUCGCUGCCACACAGGCAGUGGACGACAUCCUCGCCCGCGGGCGUCUGCCGAUCAUCGCCGGCGGCUCGAACACAUACAUAAAAGAGCUGGUGGAUGGGAAGGAUGGAGAAUUCGGGGCUUGCUAUGAUAGUUGUUUUAUAUGGGUGGAUGUUGAGCCGGAGGUGUUGGAGAAGUACGUGGCGGAGAGGCUGGAGAAAGCGGUGGAGAGGGGGUUGGUGGAGGAGGCGAGAGGGGUGUUUGAUGUGAAGAAUGUGGAUUAUUCGAAGGGGAUUAGGAGGUCGAUAGGGGUGGCGGAGAUGGAUGGGUAUUUGAGGAGGGAGGGGGAGGUGGAGGGGGAGGAGAGGGGGAGGCUUAGGGAGAAGGCGUUGGAGGAGAUUAAGGAGAACACGUGGAAGUUGGCGAGGGAGCAGAGGAGGAAGAUUGUGAAGUUUGUGAAGGAGGAUGGGUGGAGAGUAUGGAGAGUAGAUGCUACCAAGGCGAUUGUGUGGGGUGAGAUGAAGGAGGUGUGGGAGGAGGUGGUGUGGAAGCCGAGCGCGGGGAUAGUGAGGGAGUUUUUGGAGGAUGGGAGGGAGAGAGAUGUGGAGGAGAGGGGAGGGGUGGGGUGGGGUGCCGGGGGAAAUGAUAUAUUGAGCUUGGAAUGUGAGGAUUGUGAUUGAGGAGAAAAAUUUACGUAUGUAAGUCGUACGCACGCAGCGCUACGUACGUCGGGGAGGUUAUUCAGAGAGUAAUGAGGGGGUUAUAUCUGUGUUAUACACCCUAUAACUUCCCUGUAACUACCUGCAACCGACUUAUAACCUACAAUUAUAUGAAAACAGAAGCGCUAAACUUACUAGAAGGUAUAGAUAUGUUAUGAGUAGGUUACAGUGAUGUUACAGGGGGUAUAACGGAGAUAUAACCCCCAAAUACCCCUGAAGAACCUCCCUGACAUACGCAGCGCUGCGUACGUCUUACGUACACAAAUUUUUCUCGUGAUUGAGGGAGAGAGAGAGA